GUUUUAUCCUAUACGACUGCAUCGGCAGGACCAUGGCUACAUUUUCGGAUGAAUUAUCAUUGGAAGAUGCAUUUGGCGAUGAUUUUGCAAGUGGUACCAAAUUGAAUCAAGGACAGCCGGGACCCUUAUCUGGGCAACCUGGACAACCGGGACACUGGCCUGGGCAACCUGGGCAGCAAGGACCCUGGCCUGGGCAACCUGGGCCGCAAGGACCCUGGCCUGGGCAACCUGGGCAGCAAGGACCCUGGCCUGGGCAACCUGGGCAGCAAGGACCCUGGCCUGGGCAACCAGGACCCUGGGCUGCGCAACCGGGGCAACCAGGACCCUGGCCUGGGCAACCUGGAAAACCAGGACCCUGGGCUGGGCAACCGGGGCAGCAGGGACCACCUGGGCAACCGGGACCUCCUGGGCCUACUCCUAGAGCUUUGACUCUGCCGUUCAAUUUUCCGAUCCAAGGAGGUUGGCCUCCAAUGAAAAUGUUGACAAUUGAGGCGUCUAUCAAACCGAAUGUUGACAAGUUUGCCAUCGAUGUCUGCGCCGGCCAUGAUACUGCUUUUCAUUUUAAUGUUCGUUUUAAGGAGGAUGGCUAUCAGCAAGCUAUUGUCCGAAAUAGCAAAUUCAAUAAUGUUUGGGGGUCAGAAGAAAGGGCUAUACCAAACUUUCCAUUCAAGAAAGGAGAAAAAUUUGAGUUACUGAUUCUUGGUGAACCACAUCAAUACAGGGUGGCUGUGAAUAAACAACAUUUCACUCAGUUCGCACAUCGGUCUCAUAAGUUGAGCCAAGUGACCAAUGUCAAUAUCUACGGUGAUAUUACGCUACAUAAGAUGGUUAUGAUGUAAAUCUGGAAAUUAUUUUAAUGUGACUUCUAACACUUCAACAUAGGCAAACAGUGGCACAUCUUACUAGUGCCUCUGAAUCUAUUUCAGAAUAUAUUAAAUCAUAAAAGUCCAUUUAGCCAAUCAAGUUAUUGGCAGUGCCACAUGAUCCAUAUUGUCGCAUCCCACUCUUUGCUUCUUACCUUCCUUUCGAUAUGUUUUUUUAAUCAGUGUUUAAUCGCUCAGUUCAUUAUCUAUUAAUGAACUGAGUUCUUCAUCACUAAGAAUUGUUUCUCAACCUUUCCUUUUCGUAUGGGUUGAAUUAUGUGUCCUUUUGAAUAAGACAAUUAUUAUUUAACUUUAUUUUAACCUUCAGUUUUGAAAACACCUAAAAUCUAACCCUAUAGAGGAAAUCCCUCUGCUUUCUCAAAUCUCCCUUCAUAGCUAUAAUUUCUUAUCUGUGGAAACUUUAUGGAGAAUUGAUGCUGUAUGUCUUCUGUACUUUCAUAUCUUAGCAGGCUUUACAACUACACACAACAUUCCAACUCCACUGUAACUACAGACAUUGUUAUUCAUCAAAUGACAGUAGCCAUUACUCAGUACAGCAAAAUGUUCUUCCCCCAAAAUAUCUGCAUCUUUAUAACUUCAUUUACUCCAUAGUCAAAUUUGGUGAUGUACAUUAGAAUCCACAAAAUGUUAUCAAUAACAAAACAUUUAAGUGCAAGAAAAUUUAGUUGAGGAAUAUUAUCAUGUGUAAAGUGACUGAGCCUUGUCUGCUAAAUGUAAUAACAAUUACCAAAAUAACCUGUAUACAGUGAUAUUUUAUUUGAAUAAACCCACUGUUAAAAAUC